GAUUAGGUAAGAAAACAUAACGAUCACAUUAUUGGAAAAAGUACAGGAGGCUGUACGAAAAAUAGCCCAACAAAUAAAACUACAUUAAAAGUGGUCGUCAACUCGUCAACUCGGAUGGCGUUUCUUCGAGAGAAUUAGCUGAAAAGACACUCCAUGCUGUAUUGGCGGGUGUAAACAGCAUCCGAUUUGUUUGGAGAAUCUGCCGAUAUAGGUCGAGGUACGGAUCCCUUCUUCUUCUUUCUUUAAAUGUCUUCGUGUACACCCAUGUGAGUACGUGGGUGUAUUCACGAGGACGUCCCUUUCCCCAUCUCGCCUGGUGGAUUAUUCUUCAGAUGGAACACAUGCGGAUGCCUGGCUGUAUUUCCCAGGCUUAAAGAAAUAGAUCACAGAUGGAAGAAGACGACAACUUCGGCGAGAAGAAUGGAUUCUUCAAAACGUACCACCUUUCCGUGCUGAAGAAGCUUUGUAAUGGUGACUUGGCGGGCCUGUCAGCCUGUCGUAACGACGAGGAGCGGUUAGUUUACGUCCACAGUCUGCCGUAUGUUCACGAAGUGCCACAUGAGAUGUCAUCAGCAAUGGGCAAUUCCCUCCCAAGUGGCAAAUCGGCCACCGUGGCGCAAAAGAAGAGGACGGAAGGAAAUGAAUUUUUCAAGAAAAAAGACUAUCCGAGUGCGGUACGGCUCUACUCGGAAGCCGUUUCGAAAGCGCCAACCAACAUUACUAACGAGUCUGGAGAACCGCAACUCGCUAUGGCGUUCGCCAAUCGUUCGGCUGCUCUAUUCCAUCUGGCGGAAUACGCGAGAGCACUAGUCGAUAUUGACCAAGCAUUGUCCAGCGGAUACCCCGCCGAGUUGCGUUACAAACUAGCCGAGAGACAAGCUAAAUGUUUGAUGGCUCUUGGCAAGCCAGCGGAUCAAGUCAUUGCGGCCUGCGAGUCGGCAAUGAAAGACGUUAAUGAAUCACGCUUGGAUCUUGCCAAACGGGAUCUCUUCGUGCGAGAUAUUAAGCUAUUAAUGGAGGAAUCUAAGUCGUCAAACAGAAAGAUUCCCGAGAGUGCUUCCCCUUCACUGAUACUACCAAAAAGAGAAAAUGGGAAAAAAUGUCCGCCUGAGAUCAUUGGUGGCAGGAACAUCGAGCAUCCGUCCUUUUCCAAGAAGAUCCUAGUGGAAGAAGAUGCCGUUUCGGGCCGGUACGGUGUGGCUGCUUCUCCGAUAAGGGUUGGUGACGUAAUUGCCGUCGAUGCUCCUUAUGCGUCGGUCAUGAAUCCCGAAAAAUUUUCAACGCACUGCCAUCAUUGCUACCAAAUACUGGAGCUUGGAGAAGUGCUGCCGUGUUCCCACUGCGAUUUGGUUUCUUUUUGCUCUGUGAAUUGCCGUAGUCGAGCAAUGGAGAGUUAUCAUGCCAUCGAGUGCCCCAUUCUGAGUUGUCUCUACGCGGCUGGCAUCAGCAUCAUAUGUUAUUUAUCGUUGCGUAUGAUUGCGAUUCACCCACCGAGUUUCUUCAUGGACGUUCGACCCGUGAUUGAACAACCCGAGUUGCAGAAGAAAGCCGCCCUAAGCGAAGACGUAAAGAAGUACAUCAAAACGUACCAUUUGGUCACCCACGACACGCUUCGCAACAAAGAGAGCUUCUUCCAUGUGACACUCAUGGCCGAUUUCCUCUUGAAAUGUUUAAAAGUGGCCGGAUAUUUUGGAACAAGAGAUACGACAGAUCUGAAAUUUUCAGGAGCCCUUUCAGACCAGGAGAGAUGGAUCGGUUCGUUGUUGCUAAGACAUCUUCAGCUGCUGCAAUUUAACGCGCACGAAGUUUCCGAAUUGCGGAUGGAUCGCCCCGGCUGCAUGGAAGGCGCCAAGACCUUCUUUCUGGGAGCGGGUGUUUAUUCGACGGUAGCGCUUUUAAACCAUAGUUGCGAGCCUGGUGUAAUCAGGCAUUUCAUCGGGGACGUCAUGGUGGUUAGGGCUAUCAAGAGUUUCCAGCCAGGGGAAAUGGUGAACGAAAAUUACGGGCCGAUUUUCACUCAGAAGCGCCGAGUGGAUCGCCAGCGGUCGCUCAAGGAUCGCUACUGGUUCGAUUGUCGUUGCAAUCCUUGCACGGAAAAUUGGCCGCUGAUCGGCGAGAUGACGGAGGAAGCUCUCCGUUUCCGCUGCGCCGAUCGCCGUUGUCGCAAACCGCUGGUCGUCCAAUCCGACACCAUGACGCCGUUCAUCAUCUGCCCUUCGUGUAAGAAGAGCAACAACAUUCUCAAGAGUCUCCAAGCCUUGCAAGAUACGGAGGAGUCGUUCAAUCGUGGAAAUGAACUCAUCGACCAAGGGAACUUUGCCGGGGCGUUGGAAUGCUGCCUUCAGACCAUGUCAAAAUUGGACGACAUUCUCUGCCCGCCUUAUCGCGAUUACAUCCAGUGCCAAGAAAGAGCUCGGCGAUGUAUCCUGACGCUUGGCAAUGUCAUCUACGCCCCUGAUGUUGCAAAUGUCCGUCGCUGAUUUGACUCGUUUUAAAACUAAAGAAAAUUCCCCAGGUAGGGAUUCUAAUAAUAACUCCCUCUCCACCAUGUUGAGGGUUUAUAAUUAUGGAUAAUUUUUGAAUUUUCAUGUUAUCUGACAUAAUUUCAUUAACUCGAGUAUGUUGGGCUUGGGAGCAAUAUUUUGUUGAAUAACUUCUGACUUAAACUGAAAAAUAAAGCAUCAUAAAUUAUA